AUGCACAACAUACAUUUUCUCUUAAUCAUAAAGGUAUCAUAUCUUUUUAUUUGUUAGGAGAUUGUUUAUAUUGAAACAAUAUCAGUUUAUAUAUAAGAAGUUUAUAGCAAUAAAAGAAGCUCUAAUUUAUUUUUUGAAAUCAUUAAAGAUUGA